GCUACCGAUUUUCUUUAUUGCCGAUAUACUGAAGACGGUUUUUGAAACAAAGGGGUAGAGGUACCCAUUUUCCAGUCAUAGACUUGGUGUACUUUGAUAUUUUCAUUACGAAUGCUGAAGCGUAUCCUCGCAAUUGCAUCUUUUUGCAACUCACUCCUGUAUUGUUUGUCAAGCCACUCUCUUCACGAUAGGCUCUACCAACGUCCUUCUAGACAUGGGAUAAAGAAUAGAUGCUUUUGCUUCUUCCACGCUCUUGGCAGCCUUAUCAAAUAUCUGAACCAUGCCUGGCGAAACAGGCUUUUGUCGCUUUUUUCAGUCGAGCGCCAAUGCUGAAAUUAUCGUUGUUUAACUUACCUUGAACAAAACACCCACUAGUCGUAUGCAGCAUCAGCCGUCUUAUGCGUAGAUCUGACUGUAAAGGUGACGAAGACUAGGACAAACCAUAGGAAAGCUUGAUGACACUGCCGUUACA